CUCCGCAACUCCUUUAAGUCUCGGGACUUAGAGCGCCUUUACCAGCGCUACUUCUUGGGUCAACGGCGCAAAUCUGAGGUGGUCAUGAACAUCCUGGACGUGCUGACCAAGCUGACCCUACUGUUCCUCCACUUGACCCUGGCCUCUGCUCCCAUGGACCCCAUUAAGGGCAUCCUCUUGGGCUUCUUCACUGGCAUUGAGGUGGUGAUCUGUGCCUUAGUGGUGGUCAGGAAGGACACAACCUCAUACACCUACCUGCAGUACAGCGGUGUUGUCACUUGGGUGGCCAUGGCCAUGCAAAUUCUGGCGGCAGGACUGGGCUGUGGCCUCCUUGGGGAUGGCAUUGGCUAUGUGCUUUUCACGCUUUUUGCCACCUACAGCAUGCUCCCGUUGCCACUCACCUGGGCCAUCCUGGCUGGACUGGUCACCUCUGUCCUGCAGCUCGUCAUGCAGCUGGUUAUCCCCAGGUUUGCCGUGACUUCCCUCAACCAGAUUGCAGCUCAGGCAGUGUUAUUUAUGUGUAUGAACACUGCAGGAAUCUUCAUUAGCUACCUAUCAGACAGAGCCCAGCGUCAAGCCUUUCUGGAGACCAGAAGAUGCGUGGAAGCCAGGCUGAGACUAGAGACAGAAAACCAGCGACAGGAACGGCUGGUGCUCUCUGUGUUACCACGGUUUGUAGUCCUGGAAAUGAUAAAUGACAUGACCAACGUAGAAGAUGAACAUUUGCAGCACCAGUUCCAUAAGAUUUACAUUCAUCGUUAUGAGAAUGUCAGCAUUCUUUUUGCAGAUGUUAAAGGAUUCACCAACCUUUCUACAACUCUGUCAGCCCAGGAGCUGGUCCGAAUGCUGAAUGAACUCUUUGCCAGAUUUGAUCGACUCGCACAUGAACAUCAUUGUCUCAGAAUAAAGAUCCUGGGGGAUUGUUACUACUGUGUGUCGGGGCUCCCAGAACCUCGCCAGGACCAUGCACACUGCUGCGUUGAAAUGGGGCUCAGCAUGAUCAAAACUAUCAGAUAUGUCAGAUCAAGAACAAAGCACGACAUUGACAUGAGAAUAGGGAUUCAUUCUGGAUCAGUUCUGUGUGGAGUGCUGGGCCUGAGAAAGUGGCAGUUUGAUGUCUGGUCAUGGGACGUGGAUAUUGCAAACAAACUCGAGUCAGGUGGAAUUCCUGGGAGGAUUCACAUCUCCAAAGCCACUCUGGACUGCCUGAAUGGGGAUUAUAAAGUUGAAGAAGGGCAUGGCAAAGAGCGCAAUGAAUUCCUGAGGAAACAUAACAUUGAGACUUAUUUAAUUAAACAGCCUGAGGAGAGUCUAUUGACUUUACCUGAAGAUAUUGUGAAAGAGGCUGUCAGCUCCUCUGACAGGAGAAACAGUGGAGCUACGUUUACUGAAGGAUCCUGGAGCCCUGAACUUCCAUUUGAUAACAUAGUGGGAAAACAAAACUAUUCUCAAAUGCGGGAUGAAGUAUUCAAAUCAAACUUGGUGUGUGCAUUUAUUGUUCUUGUAUUUAUCACCGCUAUCCAAAGCUUGCUCCCUUCUUCCAGGGUGAUCCCAAUGGUCAUUCAGUUUUCAAUCCUGAUUAUGCUGCACUCCGCUCUUGUGCUGAUAACUACGGCAGAGGAUUACAAAUGUUUACCCUUAAUGCUUCGGAAAACUUGCUGCUGGAUUAAUGAGACCUACUUGGCAAGGAAUGUCAUUAUAUUUGCAUCCAUUCUGAUUAAUUUUCUUGGAGCCAUCAUCAAUAUUCUAUGGUGUGAUUUUGACAAACCAAUAGCCCUGAAGAACCAGACCUUCAAUUCCUCUGCUUCUUUUACAGACAUCUGUUCCUGUCCUGAGUAUUUUGUCUUCACUGGUGUGCUGGCAAUGGUGACUUGUGCAGUCUUUCUUCGUCUCAACUCUGUCCUGAAGCUGGCAGUUCUUCUCAUCAUGAUUGCCAUCUACUCUCUUCUGACUGAGACCAUUUAUGCUUCCCUUUUUCUGCAAUAUGACAACUUUAACCACAAUGGAGACACAGACUUCCUGGGUACAAAGGAGGCAUCUUUGCUACUGAUGGCAAUGUUCCUUUUAGCUGUAUUUUAUCAUGGUCAACAGCUUGAAUACACAGCAAGGCUGGAUUUUCUGUGGCGUGUUCAAGCAAAAGAAGAAAUCAAUGAAAUGAAGGAGCUGAGGGAGCACAAUGAAAAUAUGCUACGGAACAUUUUACCCAGUCAUGUUGCCCGUCACUUCCUGGAGAAGGAUCGGGAUAAUGAAGAAUUAUACUCUCAGUCCUAUGAUGCUGUUGGUGUGAUGUUUGCUUCUAUUCCUGGAUUUGCUGACUUUUAUUCCCAGACUGAAAUGAAUAACCAAGGAGUAGAAUGUCUGCGCUUACUGAAUGAAAUCAUUGCAGACUUUGAUGAGUUACUAGGUGAAGAGAGAUUUCAAGAUAUUGAAAAAAUUAAAACAAUUGGCAGCACGUACAUGGCCGUGUCAGGAUUGUCACCUGAAAAACAGCAAUGUGAAGACAAAUGGGGACAUUUGUGUGCCCUGGCUGACUUCUCCAUAGCUCUGAAUGAAAGCAUCCAGGAGAUCAACAAGCAUUCCUUCAACAACUUUGAGCUCCGGAUUGGGAUUAGCCAUGGCUCUGUCGUAGCAGGAGUUAUCGGUGCUAAGAAACCCCAGUACGAUAUCUGGGGCAAAACAGUGAAUUUAGCAAGUCGAAUGGACAGCACAGGUGUUAGUGACAGAAUCCAAGUGCCUGAAGAAACGUAUCUGAUCCUGAAGGACCGGGGAUUUGCCUUCGACUACCGAGGAGAAAUUUAUGUCAAAGGUAUCAGUGAACAGGAAGGAAAAAUCAAAACAUAUUUUCUUCUAGGAAGAGUUCAACCAAAUCCUCUGAUCUUACAACCAAGAAAACUGACUGGACAGUAUUCAUUAGCAGCUGUUGUAUUAGGACUUGUACAGUCUCUUAACAGGCAAAAACAGAAACAAAUUCUUAAUGAGAACAAUAACUCUGGAAUCAUAAAAGGACAUUACAACCGGAGGACUUUGCUCACUCCCGGUGGAUCUGAGGCAGCAGCCCAAGCAGAGGGGGCUGACAAAACUGAAUUACCAUAAUCAGCAUUGUUUGUGGGGUUGUUUUUUGUAUUUCUUUUAUAUAUAAAAAUAAAUAUACAAAUAAAAAGGGUUUAAUUUUUUUUA